AUGCCUUCGUUUCCCUUGACACCGUUGGUUCGGCCAAGAGAAGAUGGCUUGCAAUUGAGCUACCGACUAUCGCAUCGCAUCCACGCCGCUAAAGGAUAUCCUCUCCGAGCUCCAAAUGGCUCUUCGAUCAUUGUCUAUGGUAACGAAACUGGCUUGAAGGUUGUAUGGAGAGGGGGAAGACAAUUCUCCGAGCUGAAGAAGCCCGAAGCUCCGCGACCCAGCAAGAACGGUGCAAACAACGACGGUGAUGCAGUCAUGAUCAUCGACUCCGAUGAGGAGGAUGCCUCUGAAUCGGGCCCGGCCGAAGAAGAACCUACUAGUACUUAUGACUUUGCUGCAGAGGAGAGUGAGGUUGACCCUGCCUUUCCAUUUGAAUCCAUUUUGCGACAAGUCGACAUUCCCUUGGGCAGCCGCGUGCUGGAUCUGGCUAUCCCUCGUGUUCUCCCCGAGGAAGCACGCUCGCCUUUGGAUCCAUUCCCGCCUAUUGCGAAAAACACUAUCGUGAUAGCGGCAAUCUGCUCGGACUUCUCAACUCGCGUCGUGACUUUGCCUCUUAUUCCUCCUCACCCGACUCAGACUGAUCCUCUGAGCUGGCACAUCCAAUCUCUGACUAUCAACGGGGGUGUGACUCACCAAGAUAUUCCGCGCGGUGUCUCUCUUACGUUCACCUGCCAGGAUACCGAAGAUGACCAAGAUCGCCGAAAGUCACGAAGCCGAGCUGGGGGUUCAGGAAAAUGGGAUCUCCUUGUCGCUACACACUCCGCCGAGGGGUCUGGUGUGCUUUUGUUACAUCGGCUUCCGAUUAGGGAGGAGUCCACAGGCUUCUAUCAUCUCAUCGAAGAGGAUCUCAUCUCUCAACGGCGGCUUUUACCCUCGCCGGCUCAGACCAUUGUCUUCAAUCCCUCCGCGUAUCCAUCGGCCCGACACUCUCAUCUGUUGGUAGCUUUCCACAGCGGAUGCGUCAAGAUCUAUUCGUGCUUUUCUGUCAAAAGGGCCUCGAAGGCAGCUCGUCAGGUGUCGGGGGCAAACGAAGGUCACGAAACCAUUGAUACAGAGGGUCGCUGGCUAAUCAGUCUGUACUCUGGUUUUGAACAGAGUCCAACAGGACUUCCUCGCCGCAAGACAAUCAUUGAUGCCGAUUGGGUUCUGGGCGGCCGUGCUGUCAUGGUGCUCCUAGUAGAUGGUGAAUGGGGAGUCUGGGAUAUUGAAGGUGCUGGCCCUGGCGCUGCAAAGGGCCCGCUGCACCGCCAAACUACUGUGCAGGGGGUAACUGGAGGGUCCCUGACAGCGUAUGCUGUCAGUGGUCGUAUUGCAACCUCGCUAUCCAACACCCAAUCCGAGGUCGAAAACCGGCCACGCUUUGCGCCAAUGACACCGUCGACUAAGCGAGUCCGCGAGGACACCCUUCUGAAAGGGUCCAUGACUGAACUGACCCCUUCUCUUCGUGGACAAAUAUCUGUCCUCCGGAUGAACUCAUUCCAAGAAGCAAUUCCGGAUGAGUCAAUCCUCUUCCGUCACGGUCGUCAGAGUGCGAUCAUCCCGAGUUUGGCCUCUCUCUGGCGCAACGCGGUUCGAGCCUCCGGCACCCUUGACGCGUCGAACCGAUGCCGUGUGACCCCAUUCCAGGAUGUGAAUUUGAUGGGUGAGAACUUCCAGGCAAUUAGUCACCUUCCGGCACCUGUGCGACGCUCUCGCGCUGCCGAAAGGCAAUCUUUCGACGUUCUUGUUGCUGCAGAGCACCAACUGAUGAUCCUUGCGCCGCGGCUGACUGAAUCCGCCGAGGAAAACACACCAACCCAUACUGCACAGCAAGAAGCUACCGCUAAUGACCAAAUGAUGCUGCAACGAGGCGAGUUAGACGUGGAGGGAAUGGGACGGCUACUUAAUGGCAUGAACAGCCCUGUCAAACGGACCCGUAUCUUCGCUUGA